AUGCCCAACCCAUGGCACAUUGCACGCAAUGCCUUCCUCAGGCGUUACUUCGCCGGCGGCCAGCCCCGCUUGUGGCGUCGAUCCGACCCGGAGAUACUUGGGCUCUUCGCCCUGAUUCUUUUCUUGAUCUGUUUCUUCACCGGCAUCAGACUUCCCAACGCGGUCACUCGCGACUUGGGCACCAACGUCAAGUAUAUGGGUUCCACUGUCAAGGAAAACAUCCCGAAUCCGUUCAACGCCUUCACUAAAGGCGCAACUCAUACCGUCUUCGACGCCAGUACCAGACUGCCGCUCCACACUCAAUCGAUUCAUGAGGCUGUAUCCAAACACGACCGGGCAAUUCAGUGGCUGCAGAUCGAACAGCGCAAUCUUAAAGAAUCGCAUGAACGGGUCAAGGAUGAUGUUUACCGGCAAUCCAACUGGUUCCACGACGCAAGACGCCAGUCCGAGCACAUUGUCAACCCUAUGAAGCGUGUCAACUUCUUCUCCGCUGCACUCGGCGCUGUCGUUGAUCCUCAUCUCACCUCUCCGACGCAAGUUAAGUCCCUCAGUUGGGGUCAAUACUUCUGGACCUCGCUUCCCAUCGUCUGGGUACCAAAGCCGCGCCCCGCUAUCGCUGCCCUGGAACCAUGGACUGAGGCAGGAGAUUGCUGGUGCGCCGCCAGAUCCCGCCAGGGCCAAGCGCAGUUGGCAGUUCUUAUCCCGAAGCCAAUUUUCCCGUCAUCCGUCACCAUCGAGCAUGUCCCGAAGGCUGGUGCCCUUGACAUCACUUCCGCGCCGAAGGACUUUGAGGUGUGGGUUGAGGUACCCGACAAGGAGUUGCGAGAGAAGUUACUUUUCAAGAUGAUCCCAGAGGGAUGUAGCAGCGACGCGCCGGCACCUGGGUAUGCCUGCAUCGGUGGUGGGACGUAUUCUACCAGCAAUUCCUACCAUGUCCAAGACUUCCCCACGAUCGACAUGGAGGAGUUUGGCGUGCCAAUUCGGAAGGCCGUCAUCCGCAUCAAGAGCAACUGGGGUCAGGGUUGGACCUGUAUUUACCGCAUUAGCAUGCACGGGUCAGCGGCAUUACAGCGUUGGGGGUGA